AUGAAGGAACAACCCGAAGAGCUUGACUCUGAAAAUCUGAAGGACAAACCAGAUGUUAUGUGGGAGGGAGAUCUGGACGGCAGGAUGAAUUUCAAAUUGUCGGAUGAAUUUAAAAAAAGAACUUGGAAGACAUGGAAUAAAGCCAUAUUUGUGAAGUUAUUUGGGAAGAAGGUAUUUUUAAUUUUUAUGAAGAAACAAUUGGAGAACACGUGGGCAAGAGAGGGUCAGAUCUUUGUGACUGACUUAGAAAAUGAGUACUUUCUAGUUCGAUUUGAGAAUAAAAAAGACAUGGAGUUCGCUUUUACGGCAGGGUCAUGGGUAAUCUUUGACCACUGUCUAGCAAUUAGAUCUUGGGAACCAGAUUUUCAACCAUUUCAAGCUACGAUCAAUCGGGUCAUGGCUUGGAUUCGUCUUCCUGAAUUUCCUAUAGAGUAUGUAAACACGGAGUUGGUUAAAAGUAUUAGCAAUUGGCUGGGGAAAUUUGUAAAGAUUGAUGCGGCUACUACAUUGCUUGCUAGAGGAAGGUUUGCGAGAUUGUGUGUUGAGUUGGAUCUUAUGAAAUCCCUUCAAGGGGAGUAUAAAGUGGAAGGAAAAGUAAAUAUGGUGGAAUAUGAGGGAUUACAUCUCAUUUGCUAUGGAUAUGGAAAAUAUGGACAUAGAAUGGAGACAUGCAACCUAGUUAUUGAUGAAUUUUAUCAUUUGGAAUACCAAAGGGGUUGCUAA